AUGCAGACGAUCAACGGCUCAGAUUCAUCGUUACCAACUCCCGGAGCCACGACUCCUCCGCCGCCUCAACAGUGGCAACAACAACAGCAACAUUGGAUGGCGGCCAUGCAGUAUCCAGGAGCUGCGGCUAUGAUGAUGCAGCAACAGAUGAUGAUGUAUCCUCACCAAUACGUUCCUUACAAUUAUCAGCACCAUCCUCACUUCCAAUACGCGUCGUAUCAUCACCAGCAACAGCAACACAAGGCACAUGAGCGUGGUGGAUCUGGAGAUGAGGUGAAGACUCUAUGGAUUGGUGAUCUUCUUCAUUGGAUGGACGAGGCUUAUCUCCACACCUGCUUUUCUCACACCGGCGAGCUUUCUUCUGUGAAAGUGAUUCGUAACAAGCUAACAUGUCAAUCAGAAGGCUAUGGUUUUGUUGAGUUUCUUUCACGUGCUGCAGCUGAAGAGGCUCUUCAGAACUUUAAUGGUUCUAUAAUGCCAAACUCGGAGCAGCUCUUUCGUCUAAACUGGGCGUCUUUUAGCACCGGUGAGAAGAGAGCUGUUGAGAAUGGUCCAGAGCUAUCUAUAUUCGUUGGAGACUUGUCUCCAGAUGUGACCGACACUUUAUUGCAAGAGCUGUUUACUGAAAGAUAUCCAUCUGUCAAGAGCGCUAAAGUUGUGAUAGACUCCAACACUGGCCGGUCUAAAGGUUACGGUUUUGUUAGGUUUGGUGAUGAAAGUGAGAGAUCAAGGGCUUUGACAGAAAUGAAUGGAGAGUAUUGUUCCAACAGGCAGAUGCGUGUUGGUAUUGCGACACCUAAAAGAGCCGUUGCUGAUUAUUCUUCACAAGGUGUGAUUCUGGCUGGUGGGCAUGGAACAAAUGGUUCCAUGUCUGAUGGAGAAUCAAACAACUCAACAAUAUUUGUUGGUGGCAUUGACCCUGAUGUUACUGAAGAAGACCUUAGAGAACCUUUUACACAGUUUGGGGAGGUUGUUUCAGUGAAAAUCCCAGUAGGCAAAGGAAUUGGAUUUGUCCAAUUAGAUAACAGAAAGAGUGCUGAUGCUGCUAUACAGAGUUUGAACGGGACAGUCAUCGGCAAGACCACUGUCAGACUCUCCUGGGGAAGAACCACCCCUAACAAGCAGUGGAGAGGAGACUCAGGGCAGCAGUGGAAUGGAGGAUACUCACAAAGACAAGGUUACAACAAUGGAGGAUAUGCUAACCACCAUGACUCCAACGCCUAUCCUGCUGAGACUUGA